AUGUCGUCGGUACAGCAGCAAUUAUAUAGAAUCUUGACUCGUAAACACAAGCUGGCCAUCAACAAGGAUGCGCUGGACUAUUUGCAUGGCAUCAUCACUCAGGCUGAACUUGGAGGAGACGACUUGAAUGAAGCGUUGGACUAUAUAGCUACUUCCUACUUGCAACAUGAAGGCAAACUAACCAUGUCGUUCUCACUUCAAUCAGGCGGCAACUAUGGAACCGUCGUGGAUCGAGCAAGACUCCAAACAGUCGUCGAAAAUAUUUCUAAAAAGACUGCAGCUCAGGAACAAGUCCUACUUGCAAACGACGCCGAAAAUGAUGGCACACAACAAUCUACUCAAGACGCAUCAGCAUACCUACAAAUCAUCGAUACCUUCCAAAUCCCAAAAUACACCUACGACUAUGACCGUAAAUCAUUCAUACUGGCAUCAUAUGCAACGAAAAAGGGCAGUGCUCAAACCACCAGUCUAUUUGCAAAUGCAGAUAGCAAAGCAUUAUCUAUGAGAGACCGGUUUGAUUUGAUUCGACAACGGAUAUUACGGAAUGACAGUUUUAGACCCCCACCUUCUGCCUCCAUGCAUCGAAGUGAAUACUUUGAGAUAACGCCUAUAAAGAAUUUGAGUGGACGGGCUGGACAACGGUUUUUAUUGUUUGGCAUGUUGACGCAGAUGGAGGAGGGGAGACAUUAUCUUGAAGAUGCUGAUGCUGCCAUUGAAUUGCAGUUUGCAGCCAAGGUGGAUGUGACUGUCGGAUUGUUUACCUACAAUUGUUUUGUCUUGGCCGAGGGUAUAUUUACUGAAGAGAAGAAGUUCGAAACUCAUGUGUUGGGUUUUCCACCAGCAGAGUCUCGACAAAAGUCAUUGUCGUCAUUUGGUUCUAGCGUAGACUUUUUCGGAGCGCGGAAGGAAACAGACGAUGCGGUUGUGAUUUCGAAUGUGGAGGAGCAUCUCGUUGACGUGUCGUUUGUCAUAUUGUCGGAUGUCUGGCUUGAUCAACCCAGAGUCUUGCAAAAGUUACGACAAUUGUUUGAAGGAUAUAGCCAAUCUAUCCUUCCAUUGGCCUUUAUCUUCAUGGGCAACUUUUCAUCCAAGACGUAUGCAUACAACACUGUUGAUGCUAAAGCGUAUCGAGAGGGAUUCAACUCACUCUGUGACAUCAUAACCGAUUACCCAAACAUUGCUCAACAAGUCCACUUCAUCUUUGUACCUGGGCCCAACGAUCCUUGGGCUGGAAAUGUGCUUCCAAGACCUCCAAUACCAGAUACGUUUACAGGACGUGUGCGGGCACGCGUUACUAAUGCUCACUUUACUAUGAAUCCAUGUCGGAUAAAAUACUGCACUCAAGAAAUCAUACUAUUUCGAGAAGACUUGUUGAACAAGAUGCGCCGAAAUGUUAUCCUUCCACCUGAUAUGAGGCAGGAAGAUGAGAUCCGUCAUCAUUUAGUCAAGACCAUCAUUCUUCAAUCUCAUUUGUGUCCAUUGCCUAUACACGUACGACCAGUCUAUUGGGAUUUAGAUCAUGCUCUGAGAACGUAUCCUCAACCUGAUGUGAUGGUCUUGGCUGAUUCUUGUGGUACAUAUGGUAUAUCAUGUGAAGGUUGUAAAUGUUUGAAUCCAGGAUCAUUUGCCAAUAAUGGAUUCGUAUUUAUGGUGUACUAUCCCGCUACACGUCAUUGUCAAGAAAGUAAAAUCCCAUCACAGCAAUAA